AUGUCGAGCGAUAAGAUGUGUCACCGUUUGGAAAUGAGCGCGCAACUUCUUAUCAGUCUUUUUUAUUUUUGGGUGGAUUUUGGGCUAUUGUUUUCCGCAAAAGAUCUUCAAUAUGAUGUUGUGAAAAAUUGUGAUAUCUAUAUAUUGAGAGCUGAUUUGGCUGGUCAGCAGUUACUCAUGAGAAUAUAA